AUGGGGAAUAUGGGGAAGGUGAUGGAAGAUUUGAAGCCAGCGUUGAUGAUGAUAAUGGUUCAAGUGGGAAAUGCAGGAGUGAGCAUAUUAUGCACAGUGGUUUCACAUGAUGAAGACGCCGGCUUGAGUAUUCUCAUAGCUUAUCGUUUCCUCUUCGCUUCUAUUUUCAUGCUUCCUCUUGCUUUCUUCGUCGAAAGGAAGAGCAAACCCAAGAUCACAGGGAAAGUGUUGUUACAAGCAUUUAUGUGUGGGAUAUUUGGGGGAUCAUUGCAACAAAAUUUAUUUGUGGAAGCAGUGUCUUUAGCGGGAGCCACGUACGCCACGGCGGCCAUGUUCAACCUCAUUCCUGGUGCAACCUUCGUCUUAGCUGUUUGUUUUGGAUUGGAGAAGAUGAAUAUAGGAAGAUUAUCAGGAAAGGCGAAGGUGGGAGGGACAGUGAUGGGAAUUGGUGGGGCCAUGAUGCUGACGUUCUACAAGAGCAACGAGAUACACUUACGUUCAACUCACUUCAAUAUUAUCAAACACGUGGCCCCACAGAAGGGGUCCACCACUCAAGUUUGGGGCAUUGCUUUGGCCUUUGGCACUUGUCUCUCCUACUCCCUCUGGUUGAUCAUUCAGGCAAAGAUGAGUGAGAAGUUUCCGUGGGCUUAUACAAGUGCAGCUUUGAUGUCAGUGAUGGCAGCAAUACAGUCUGUCAUUUUUGCUCUCUUCAUGGAGAGAGAUUGGACUCGUUGGAAGCUCCGUUGGGACACCUUCCUUCUCACUGCUUUCUAUAUGGGAAUUGUGGCGUCUGGACUAGCUUGGGUUUUAAUCACGUGUGUCGUACGCCAGAAAGGACCACUCUACACUUCCAUUUUCAACCCUCUCUUUCUUGUAGUCGUCGUCAUCGCUAGCUAUUUCAUCUUAGAUGAGAAGUUGCAUUUGGGAAGCCUGAUGGGAUCCAUCUUGAUAAUAACGGGGCUAUACGCAGUCUUGUGGGGCAAAGGCGAAGAAUUCAAGACAAAAACAGCAGAUCAGAAUGUUGCUGAAGCAGAAGACUCAGUUGAAUUAGGAGACUCCUUGCAGAUAACUACCCCAAAUAAUGAUCAUCAAGGUACUAAUAAAACUGUUAAUCAUGAGGGCGAAAGUGAUCAGACCACGACUAAGCCUGUUGGUUUUACUGCCACUCUGUUUAGUUUCUUCACUUCAAAUCCGAUGAUCAGAAAACAAUGA